AUGCCAAACCUCAAUAUCCGAGAAUGGCCCCGGCAGCUCUUCCACUUCAUCACGGCCUACCGCCCAUUCUACAACCUGCUGCUAGCAUUCUACACCAUGAUGGACAUGUUCUGGCUCGGCUGGGACGGCACAGACCCUGCGUACUUUUCGGCUGUUCUGAACGACUACGCCGAGUUGGUUAUCUUGGAGGGGUUACAUGGUUUCGGUGCUUUUGCCGAGUUGGGUGGUGCGGGUUUCUGGGAUGGUUUCGAGGAUGAGGACAUGGAUGGCUUUGAUGAAUUCGAUGAGUUUGAGGAUGAUUAUCGAUAA